UCAGGAUAACAUCGUAAACGAGGACCACCUGACGGUAAGACCGGACUAAAUGGAGGCAGCGGAGGAAACUCUCACUUACCUGGACGACACCGGACUUCACAGGAAGCUGCUCCUACGGGACAAGGACAAGAAACACGCGCACAGCAAAGGCGAGACAAGAAGCGAGGAGUCCAACUAUGUGGACCUGGACAUGAAACCGACGGACGGCACAAGGACAGUGAAAGUGUCUUUCACUGGCGAGGGAAACCAGCUGUCUGUCAUCAAGUGCGACAGUUUGAGGUCGGGGACCGUGGACACGCGUGGAUGGGUCUCAGGUGAGCCCCCGCUGGAAACUCUGACCAAAGUUGCCAACAGUGAUCAGGAUUCAGAGAAUGACAGGCAGCUCCAGGCCGAGCUCGACCCCAGUGACUGCAGCGAGAAUGUGCGCAGUGAGAGCGAUGAGCUCCGCUACACGGACAUGUAUCUGAACAGCAAAACCGAGUCUGACGACGGAGCCAGCGUGGUUCUGUCCGACCAGUGCGGCUCCGACACCGUGCAGGACGAGUCUCACUACAUCACCACGCACGAGAUCCAGCUUACCGAGCUCGACCACGAUGUCGAUUACGACCUGGGGCGCGGGACUUGCUGGGAGCUUGAGGACGACAAUCUGGUUUACUCCUUUGUGGAUUACGCUUCUUUUGAAAGCGAUGAAACGCAUGAGGGCACUUUGAUAGAGGAGAGCAGGAGCCAGGCGAAAGUGCAGUCUAAUCUUGGCGGAGAAGUUGUCAGCACCGAGCAGGAGGAGAGUGAUCUUUGUGACUGGGACAAAUGCGCCAGCUCAGAUGAAAGCGUUGGCAAAGACCAAAGCGAGGACGCACACGUAGGGGGAAUCCACUUAUCAAUAAAAGCCACCUCAAGACCAGCGAACGAGCCCGUCGGUGGCCCCGGGAGCCCUGGCGCCAGGGUGGGGCCCCUGCGCGAUACAGUCCCAUAUUUCAUCCCCGCUCCAGGCCGUCAGCACCUCGCUUCCAAACUGAGACGCAAUGAUAUUAAUGAAUAUUUCAGCGAAGCGUCCAGUUCCAUCAGUGAGCUGGAUGACGCCGAUAAAGAGGUGCGCAAUUUAACUGCCAAGUCUUUCCGGAGCUUGGCGCGUCCAUACUUCGAUGCCAUUAAUCUCAGCACCUCUAGUGAAUCAUCAAUGUCGGAAUAUGGGCUAAAUAAAUGGUCGGCCUAUGUGGAUUGGAAUUAUGAAGGAAAAGAGCGGGGCGUAAUUGCGCACAAGACUCCCGGAUCAACGCUGGAAAUGAAUAAGAGCGUGGACACUGAGAGGCGUGGCGAGUUCAUAACCGACACGACAGCUCCUCAAACCAACUUGCACACAGUGAAUAAGACAACAACUCCUCAACAAGCUUCUAGCAAAAAGGUCGAAGUGCAAGAUCCAGUUCAGUCACAACAACGAGGGGUGACGCUGAAUGUUCACUGUAACGCAGAAGCACCUGACGGAACCAGGCGUCACAAAUCCUCCAUAAAUGCACGAUCCAGUGAGGUCAGUGGGACUGUGUUGUCCAGAGCACAGUAUCGUCAAUAUCAUGUCACAGAAAGCGACGGGGACACAAACAACAGGGCGACGUGUGCAUCAAGUCUGUUGAAAAAUGUGAUUUCUAAAAAGAUGCAGUUUGAACAGGAGCGCAAACUGGGAAGGGGGCAAACCUGUAACAGACAUCCAGCGCUGUCCUCAGACAGGAGCCUGGGCAGAGGCUUGCUAAGACAAACGUCAGAAUCAGGCUCAGGACUGAGUGGUUACUCAAAUGAUGAUCAGUCCCUGGACGGCAGCCGACCCAGUUCCUGUGGAGUUUCAGAACAACAGAAAAGCACAGAACCACCAGAUGAGUCAGACAAGGGACAUGGGCAUCCAAAAGGCCAGCUCAGCCACAGUCAGAGUAGUGCGUUUGAUUCCCUGAAAGUAGAUGAGCCAGAGCCUGCAAAGGAGGCAACACACACAAUUGUAAGUGACACUCAGUCCACUGCAAAGGAGGAAAUAGACACCAGCAGCAUGCUUACAAAACUGCUUUUUGUUCCAAGCUGGCAGAUUCUUUCAAGACAGAGGGGUUUUAAUGAAGGCUUAAACCACACACCUGCUACAGGAACCCAGAAAUGUCAGUUCAAAACCGGCAAUAAUGGACAAAUAAUAGGUAAAGACGAAAUGGAGACGGGAAUAAGACCUGAAAUAAAAAUACAUCUGAGAAGUGUGAAAGAGAAUAAAGGCUGUACACUGAAUAUUGCCAACCUUUUAACCCCAAAAAUAAGUUAUAGCUCCGUUAACACGUUCAGGACAGCAGGUGAUGCUAAAUGCCACAUUUUAUCUGCCACAGAUAAAUUUCCUAAUUUCGCAGUCAGAGACGUAAGAGAAACCAAAUGCAAGUUUCAAACACCGAUAUAUCGUGUCAGGGAUGUGCGUAAAUUGGUAAAAAGCUCGUAUCGCUUUGUGUCUCUGGAUAAAAGUGAGAGUAAGCGUUCCACAGCAGCUGAUAAAACUGAGGAAAAGGGCAAAAUGGAACCUGUUAAACAUUUUUCCAACACUUCUCCUAUUGUGAUCAAAUGCCACUCUGUGAAAACAAACGCUACAUCACAGAAACAAGCGGAGGCAAGAAUCAGUCAGACCACACACCAGUCAGACUUUCAGUCAAGUACUGACACCAAACCACUGUCAAAACAGAGGCAGGACAAGUUCACAGGUGAGACAGCAGAGAGGAGAAAUGAGCCUGCAAUACCAAAACAGGCUGCAAUAGAGAAGAUUAAAGCUGCAGUCAAAACAAUGGAGCAGCUUUAUGUUUUUGAUAGAAAUGAAUGGAAGCGUAAAACUCAAGCCCCACAACCUAUUGCGGGCAGCCACGUGCUUUCACUCAUCGCCAGGGAGGAGCAGGGAGAAGAGCAGCUGGAGACGACCAACACUGACAGGAUUCCUCAGGCUUUGAUUCACACCACACAAACAGGAAAAGCACAGGAGAAAGAAGGAGCUGCAAAUGUCAUACAUGUCCCGUUUACCAGUGACACUUUUAAGACACAGCAGAGUAAAACAUUCAGUAACAGAAGUGUUCUUCAUUUUGGCAACAACAACAAGGCACAUGUCAGCAUGAGUUCAGCGAAUAACUCUGUUCCACAAAGCUCUGUACUGCAAACAUCAACUAUGAAAAGCUCCAGAGCACCAGCGGCUCCACUGUCGGUAAAAAUAGAGCCCACAAAACACAUCCAGGUGGAGCAGGGAAAGGUCAAAAUCAUUCCCACUAAUCCCACCGUCACACAAGGGGGCUCAGACUCAGAGAACUAUUUAACCAUACCAGGGCAGGGGUACACAAGCGAAAUCCCACUGCGGAAUCAGGAGCCUGCUUCAACAGAGGGGCAUUUACAUGUCAGUCAAGCCCACACAUGUGACUCCCAGACACCUGAGCGGAAAAGAUCUCCUUUAAUCAUGGAUUAUCCAGCUGCAAGCAUCUACCAUCAUGCUGCAGCAGCAACAAGAGCGCCACAAACUCAACAGCAGGUGACGUCCAUCUCCUCCUCUGACCCGACUGCGUCACCCUUCCCACAGAGUCAGCGCAAGAUGCUUUUGGACCCUUCUACAGGACAUUAUUACCUGGUGGACACUGCCAUACAGGCCACCACAAAGCGACUGUUUGACCCUGAGACAGGCCAGUAUGUGGAUGUACCCAUGCCCCACUCACCUGUGGCACCUGUCACACCUGUGCCUCUCUCUCUGUCACCUGUGACACUGAGCCCAGGAGCCUACACCCCCUCGUACAUGAUCUACCCGAGCUUCAUCCCCUCGCCCACGCUCCCAGCUCAAGCCGUGUUGCCACACUCUCCGUGUCACUCUGAGGACGCAGGUGUAGACAAGGUAAAAAACGCCAGAAGUCCUAGGCUGGAAACUAGCACAGCAGGUGCAGAGAGCGUGUACUACAGCGCAACAGGAGAGGCUCCACAGGGGGCGCUGCAGCUACCUGUGAGCUGCAGAGGAGGUGGAGCCGGCUCUGAGAGGAAGCCAGUUAUCAGCAUCACAACACAACAAGGUCCAAGAAUCAUCGCGCCUCCUUCCUUUGACGGAACAACAAUGAGCUUUGUGGUGGAGCAUCGAUGACCAAGAAGAUAUGUCAUUAUACACUACUCCUGCGCAGAAUCUGCAUUCACUCACCGUAAGUGUGGUCUCCCCCCGUCGUCCCUCCACGCCACAGGACAACCGCCUCCCCCCCUCACUGUGUUGUUGUGUUGUUUAUCCUUGUAGCAGACAUAUGACUGUAUCAUCUAUGCAUUGCAGCACUUUGUAGGGUAAAGGCAUUCAGCCACAUGCGCUGGUUGAUGCUCUGCCAUGUUGCUAUAUAAAUCAGCUUUGAAAUACUUUCCAUUCAGUUGCUCUGUAGAACAUGAAUCGCUGCUGAAAUGCUGUUUGUCUAUUCAAAAGGAAACAAGGCAAGUGUUCUUUUACAAUUCAGUGUAACUCAGUAUCAAACCACUAUUAUUACUACUACUAUUUUUAUUAUUAUUAUUAUUAUUAUGAGAAAUCAAGUCUAUGAAACAACAAUACAAAAUAUUCUCCUUAACACCAGCAGUCUCUCCUGUUUGGUAUGAAAUGAUUGGCUGCUCCUGGCACUUCAGUGACUGGCUUGAUAUAGCAGUUAGUUUCUGUCACAGUGGAACCUAAAAAGCAACAUUUGUUGUUUCCUGUUCCUGACCAUGGAUUUAUAAAAAGCUGGAUGCAUCCUAGUGACAUAGCCUUGCUUUCAGUUUAUCCCAGUGGCCAAAUGUAGCACCACAACAAAAGCCCUUAUAGUCCCAGAACAUGAUUGUGUUUUUUCAUCUUGUGUUAAAAAGCAGAGAAUCUUAUGUGUACAAAAAAUAACAAUAACAAUGAGUUACAAUAAUACACUAAUGAAAACAUUUAUGUGUAGAGAUGCACAAUAUCAGUAUUAGCAGAUACAGUAUUGCCUUUAAAAUGUUGGCAAACAUCACAUAAGAUAUGACGAAUGAAAAAAAGCUGCUACCUACUCAACUUCUAUGCUAGCACCUUCUACAACUAUUGUUUUUUUUUUUUGAUGGCUUUUUAUUUUGCACAGUAAAGACAUUUUAUAUCCACAUUUGCUGUGACAUGAGUAUGACAAAUGUUAUGUUAAUUUCACUACAGAAGAGACUAAAUUACCUCUGCAGUUAAAAGGAAAGAUGCUUUCCCGAUAUAUCGGCAAAAAUUCCAAUAUCGUGCAUCCCUAUUUUUGUGGAAUGGGCUGCACAGCUCAGUUAGCAGCCAUAAAGAUAGGCUAUUGCAAUAUAGUUUUACUAUAGCUAACUAUAACUUUUUGGAGCUAUAGCGGAAUCAAUUGGCAGCAUCUUGUGAUUCAGUAUUUAGUUCAAUAAUUAAUCCAUGGCUCUGGGUAAUGUUGUCCAUUGGGAUGUCUUUAAAUGACUCUAAAUUGUAAAUAAAGUGACAUUUAAUGUAAUAUUAAUAUCCAGUGUUUGGUUCUCAGGUUUACUGUGGCCGCUGUGCAUUAGACAUUACAUAGUGUUACUUUAAUUCAAACAAAAAUGUAAAUGCAACAUUCAAAGUGUAUUUUACACAGUCUUGUUGUCAAAGUCAGGGACCACAUGCACUGAAUUGAUCAAAUUUGAUGGGAAAUGUGGAAUCACAUCAUCUUUUCUUUUACAGUAACUUCAGUCAGAAAAGGAUUCAAACACUGGCCAGGUUAAAUAAAUAGACAAUGAAAUGUGUCACACCACUACACUCCCCCAUCACUUUUUUCAGAGUCACAAUAACAUUUCCAUGUUUUUAAGAGUCGGUGGCUCAUCUUCGACCUAAAGUACAUGCGUCAUCCGUGCGGUGACUCACAAAAAGCUGAAAAUACCUGACCUACUGAGGUGUCGUAUGAAUCUGUGUUUGCUACAUUUUUAACUGCAACGCUCCUUAAAGAAAAGAGAAAAGAGAAACACACCAUGUGUGUUGAUGAGUAACAGAGCUGGGACUCAGGUCUAACAGUGUAUACUUAAGGUCAUUAAGUAUUGUUGGGUCUUAUGAGUCAGAGCCAGCUUAGACAUUUAGGGGAUAACUUCCUCUACUGGUCUAAGUUUAUUUUACACUUUUGUGUAAUGAGAUGGGAGUCAGUGCGUGUGUGUGUGUGUGAGAGAGAGAGUGUGUAUGAAUGUGUUUGCGUGUGUGGCUGUGAGUUAUGUAGGGAAUUUCAACUUUCUGUGGUCAUACAACGAGGAGUCAUGUUACUUUAGGGCGGAGCGUACAUGUGCUGAGUGUGACUCUGUGCUUUACACACAGCAGUGUCAUUUUCCCUGUAAACCACCUGACCUCCGUCUGAGUUUUCUAUUAUUAUUCAAAUGAUACAGUCGUUUUUCAAUCCUGCUUUCUGUUCACUGAAGUCCUUUUGUUUUCCUGCCCUGUUUCCUUUUGAAUAUGAACUGGAGCAUCAUAGUUCACUAUGCUUAACUUGACUCAGUUAUGACAGCAUAUCAUGUAGGAAUCAAGCUAUUUUUUGGCACAUUUUAAGACUAAAUACAUUUUAGAGGUAUUUGGAGCUGCUGGUCAGUCUGUGUACCUUCAUCCUGUAAAAUACAUGUUAUUAAACCUCUGUGGAAAAAAAAGCCCUUAUCAGUUAAGUACAUAAUGAAUUCAUGCAGUGAUUUGGAAGAUUUGUUGUUGCAUGUGUCAGACAUGGUUUGCUGUUGCAAAGUUUAACAGAUUUCGAGAGGAGAGUGUCAUUUAAAUUUAACUUUGUACAUUGAAUUCAUAACCUGCUGUCAUUGUAAAUGAUUGUGUUUAAAUUAUUAUUUUAAAUUCAUUUGCCCCCCGAGGCAAUUAAAAGCAACGCAAGUCAAAUAUUUAUUUGGAGUUUCAAUUUUGAAGGAUGUGAUUGUCUACCUCCUGAAAGUAUUUAUUUGAACAGCAACAUACCAAAGGUAGAAAAAUAUAAAAAGCAUCUUUUACUAACUUCAGAUCAUUUAUUUUAAUACAUUUACAUAUCAUUUUGAAACCCUGUGAAAAUGAUUGUGUCACUCACAAAUAUAUAUUUAAAUUUGUACGCUCCAAUAAACCAGCGAUUAUGAUGUUGUCCUAAAUACACAGAACCCUUUUUUGUGGAUAAUAUUCAUUUCUUGUAUGACCUUUAUCUGUGAAUAAUAACAUUGUACUUAAUGCACUUGGAUUGUCACUAUUUUGUUGCCAACCGUGACCGCAAUGAAUGGGUGUAACCCUUGGUGACAGCAGGAGCACGACUAUAUGUAUGUAAACUUAUUGUAAAGUGAAUCGUUUGCAAUAGAUUCUGAUGGAUUUCUCCCAAGGAUGCACUGUAACAUAGGUAAUAUCAUGUGUUUUAAAACAUUCUUCCAGGUGUCCACCUACAAACCUGCUGACUUUGAGAUUAAAUAUGGGGAAGUGACUGUGUUAUUGCUUGCUUUUGUAUCAGGAAAGAUGGGAAACUGAAAGUGAGAUGGUUUGAGCUAAGUGCGUUAAGUUUGUGAGGAUAAGAGAAAGUAAAAGGGCAGAGAAGUGAAUGAAAGCACAGUCAUAAAAGUGACAUUGUACUGUAUGUUCUGUGACUGUGCUGCAUGGCUGCCCCAGAAAAAGACAAGAGGUCAGGACGACAGCAGAGCGGCACAUUGAAAGGACGAGUAAGUGCUGUGUUUGCACUUACUUCACUUGAAAGUAAUGACUGUGAUGAAUGUGUGUAAUGUAGACCGACAAGCCUACAUAUGUUUGCAAUAAAUUCAAAAUGCAAGCAACUGAA